AUACUAAUCAGACUUUACACAAUAAGGACUAUACACAAAAUUUAAAUUUAAAUCACACUAAAAACACGAAACAUAAACACUUGUGGGUUUUUGAUGUACUUUGUGGGUAACUCGAUCAAGCUUCGCGCCAUGGCUUGUCCGGAGAGCCAGCCCUCCCAUAAUCCGGAAAACCGCCUCAUAAAGGCCUCUACGGCCUAUUUAGAGUCCCUCGCCAUCAGUGUGGUUGUCCUGCUGAGCUUUUUCUUUUUCAUAUACGACAUGUACAUUGUGAUACCAACCAUGAUGGGAACUUUUGGCCAGACCUUCCAUGGAUUUCUGGGCGCGUGGAUCGUUUUUAACAUCCUGGGAAACUUGUGGGCCUGCAACAGGACCAAGAGCUGGGUGGCCAGCCUGUCCGCCGAGGAGCUAACUCCGCCGAAGGGGGAGGAGUACACGUGGAGCCACUGCGAACCGUGCAACUUGCUUAUGCCGCCCCGAUCGUGGCACUGCAAGAUAUGCGAUCGCUGCGUCCUAAAGAGGGAUCACCAUUGCAACUUCACGGGCUGCUGCAUCGGACACAACAACCAUCGGUACUUCAUUUGGUUACUGUUCUACAUGAGUGUCGGCACCGGACUGGCCCUGGUGUACAAUUUCAUAUAUACUUUGAGCCACGGGCGCAUAACCCUGGUAGAUCCUAUAUUUAUGUAUAUGCUUUUUCUUGAGACGCUAUUGGGUCAUGGCCAGGAGGAGUUACAGAGAAAAUAUUUCAUAUUUCUUAUCCUUUAUGUGAACGCCAUGGUUUUCGUGCUGCCGGCCGCGAAGUUGGUCUAUCAAAUGUGAUUACUCCGGAACAACGCAGUUUUCUUCAGCAAAUCGGACCGAAGUUACGAUCUAGGAUUCUGGAAGAAUUUGUAUGAGGUGCUGGGCCGUCGUGGACUCUGGACUGUACUCUCGCCCACGAUCAAGAGUCCCCUGACCCACAACGGAACUCAAUGGAAAUCAAAGCAAUCUGUUUGAUUCACCUUUCGAUUAGAUCUUAACCGGUUUUAUUCAAAAUUUAAGAAGCGAUAGUUUAUUUCCAUUAAGAAACACUUUCCUUAUAAAAUAAAUGUCUACCAGAUAUUGAAAU